GGCAGUGUCAUAAGUACAUCAGUGUGUAUCUUUAGGUAAAUUGCGUAGUGUUACACAGAAAGCUGUACUGGUUCUCAUGUGAUGAUGAAAGUUAACCAGAGAAGAUGAAAUGCCACUGUGAAAGAUUCUGUUUGUGUAUGUUUAAUCAUAUUCUAAGACAAAACUGUUGAAACUGACGAAAGAAGAGUUGAAAGUUAGAGAUGUUAACCUUCUACAUUACCAUCUGAGUUUAUUUUUAUGAAAAUUACUAAUUUAUUUAAUAUUCUGGGUAGAAAGAAAGCAUAGAAAUUGCUAAUUGUUGGAAUCUGUAUAAUAGAUAAGAUUAUCGGUUAAAUUACGUGAUAACUCAUCAUCCAGUGAACCACUCACUUUGUAGUAGUACAGUUGCAUAGAAUUGCGUUCAUUAAAAUUUUAAAUACUAUUUUCAUUUAAAACUUAUGCCUCUUAAUUUGCAACCUCUUAGAAUAAUGGAAAAUAUAUGAGUUAGUGCUACCUUUUCUUUGAUUUCCAAUAAGUGUUCUAAAAUAAUUUCAAGUGAAGUGAAUAUCUAUCAAUUUACUUAACGGAAACUGCCAUCGCGUUCAUCUCGUACCUCAAGAUAAAAGUCUUGUCUCUCUCGUUGAUGGUGUUUGGUACUGUCUGUCUAUCUGUCUGUUGUUGCUGUCGGUGGUGGUGGAGGUGUUUGGUUACCUUCAUCACUUCCGUCUUCUCUUUGUUCAGCUGCAGUCCCGUCUUCGCUGCCAGCCAGCCAGCCAGCUCCUUCUGCCAGUUUGUCCGUUUUCGCCUGCAAGUCUUCGAGUUCGUGUGACACUAAACAUAAGUCAUUCACGUGCGAAAUCCAGAUCUUCUAGAAUCUUCUUAUUGGUGGUUCAGAGUAUUCCUGUCUUCUCAGUGUGAACACACAGUCUGACGCGCAAUCCAGUCGAUCACAAUUAGGAAUAUCAUGGGCGAUAACAGACAGCCUUGUCUUACAUCUGUAUUCACUGAAAAAGCUUCAGUGAGUUUUCUGUUGUGAAUCACCUGACAUUUAAGUCUCAGCUAAACUUUUGAGGUGAAUAUUAUACAUACAUUUCAUGUCUUCAGAAAUGACCCUAAUAAUACUCCCUGAAAAAAUUCAGUAACUGGAGUGUUAUAAACUGGUUUUUUAAUGCUAUAGCCUACUAUUCAACAAUUUGAGAUGAGAUGUAACAUGAAGGAAAUAAACAAUUACAUGAUACACUCGUAGCUUAGUUUUGGGAGUAUAAGUCUGUCUAAGUCAAUGAUUGUCUUCCACAUAAGUACGUUUUUCAGUCAAAGAAAUCUUACCUUAAUUAGUUUGUCUGCGAAGCUCUAAUUUGUACUUAUUUUUCUACAGAUUCCAUUUUGCAACCACCUUACACUGCGAUUAUUUUUGGUAACUGUGGCCUAAAGCAGGUAUCGAUAUAAAUACUUCAUUCUGGAAAAUAAUCAAAUUUAUUUGUUCAUUUGUAAACUUUUGAGGCUAACUUAUUAACCUGAAAACGCCUAAUUAUACGUGUGAGACAAAUUUUCGUAAAGGCAUAAGGAUCUAAGAGCGAAAAGUGGUUACUGAGUAGUUAGCAGGCAAUAAACUGACUAUUGUCAGGUCUGAAAACCAAAUUGUCUUUUCAGUUUCCUAUAAUACCAAAUUGGUGAUCGAGAUGUUAAUCAGUAAAUUUGCUGCUUAUCAUUUUUGUUACGUGUUUAAACAAACAGAACAUAUAAUAAGGAUGAAAAUUAAACCAUUACUUGUUACAUAUAUAUUCAUAAAGAAUUAACAGGUGAGCUGUCAAAAUUCACUUAGCACUAAUGACAUUCAAGAUAUAUUGUAAACAGCAGCAUAUUUUUCAGUUCAAAAGCUUUUGAAUGGUAUUUUGAGGUGAGGUAAAUAUCGGGUGAAGAAAGCUGUGUUAAUUGCAGUAUGCGAUAUACAAUGGAUAAUUGUGGGAAGGGGAAAAAUAAAAUACUUUCUGGAAAAGUAGUGAUUGAAGAACAGCUAUAGCAGCUGUACUUGCAUGAGAAAAGGAAAUUAUAAUUUUCCACAUCAGAUCGCUUAGCAUGUUGACGAGUUUGUAAUCGGCUGUAAGUAAAUGGAUCACGAAGGUUAUCAAGAAAAAUUAAAAGAAUAAACUGUCAGUUGUCCUAUUUCCAGUGCAACAGAGUGACGUUACUUAAGGUUCCCUCUUAAAUAUCAAACAAUGCACCUUAUCCUAUUUAUUUUAAGAAAGAAUAGUUUCGAUAAAGAAAGAAACACGAAAUUCUUUAUCGAAAUUUAUCAAGGGAACCAAAUGAAAGAAUAGUUUAUUGAAUUUGUUUAUGCUAAAUGUCAACACGAUGUCAUCUGUUAUAAUGCAGUGCUGCGCCAUACCUGAACUUCGUAUUUUGCUAUGCUGGUACAGAACUAAGAUGAUUAAAGAAUGGUAUUGCCUGUCAAAGGAUAGCGAUGGUUGUUUGAAAUACUUGUUUUGAACAAGACGAAGAUAUAAGGUAACAUUAGUAUAUGUGUAAAAAUUCAUGGCAGCAGUUGAAAACAAUGAUUAUGAACGCAUAGUAGACUUUCUUAAUAGUGACAAAAUAUCAGUUUCGAGAGGUCGGAGAAUACUCAGAUUGCGAAACUCAACAAUUUGAUGGAUCAGAAAUCUGUAUGUGAGAGGUAUGAGACCAACAAUAAGAUGUUGUCGACGGUAGACAGAUCAAAGUGAAUUAUUGAUCUCCUGUUAAAGGUCCUCAGUCCUUCUUAGGUGUAUUCCUUCACAAGAAGACUGAUGGAUAUUUGAAGAGAAACCUAUUUAGACAGAACACAUGGAUUGGUCAGUAUGUCCAUGUUCAUUGUUACAUACAGCUUUAAUACAAAAAGAAUUUAUAAAGUGCCUUAGUUAUAGAAUAAAAAGUAUAUUUCCAGAUGAAUACAUUUAUGCGGAAAUGUGUAAAAUGGAGCUCACACUAUAAGAAAGCAGACAUUCAGAGAAGUAUUCAAAAACGUAUAUGUUGAUACCUGGAGAUAGGGUGAUAAUGGAUACCGUAGAUAAGAAAAUUUUAUAUCAAGUUAAAUUACAAAAGGCGAAUUGCUGCAGACAUUCUAGAAUUUCGUCUUAACUGGUCGGUUUAGAGUACAUUCCCUUCAGCUAAACUGCUGUCAAGUUCCUCAACUGCACCACUCUUCAUACAGUGAAUCGAAGACAAAUAACUAGUGAUGGCCUUAUCAAUGUGCACCUAGGAUUUCAGUUGCUAUUUUGGAGCUAGUGAUCUAGGCAGCACUCAGAGGGCACUAUCCAUGCAUGGACAUGAACAUUUACCCCCAUGGUUGAUUUCGGGGGCAACCAAACGAGUAAAUAGUGUGGUCUCAGCCCAGUUGGUGGACACUGCACAUUCAAUCAAACCGGAACUCGUCUUCUCGUCGGCUUAUUGUGUCUGUGGUAAUCUAUUUAGAGGACCUCAACCGAGUCUUUUAGUAUGUGAAAUGGUGAUAGUCAAUACCAAAAGAGCUGCUUUCCAUAUCCAGAAGAAGUGUGUCUAGCCGUUUUUAUUUACCUUGGCCUACAGUAAGGUGAAAAUUCCUCUAUAAGUACUUUAAAUCCCUGUCUUUUAAUUUUCUUCUUUUUCACUGAUAAGCUUUUAUUUUAGCCCCUUAACGAUUUCACAAAGUUUCUUAUCAUGUAUAUCACCCUAGGUUUACGUAAUGCUUUUUAAAUUUGUUAUUUCAUUUACACAGUACGUCACAUUUCACUUUAUUAAAUGUCUUACUACUUGAUAACCAUUCAGUAAUAGUACUUUGGUAUUUACAUCACACUAUCGUUAUUAUUUUAUCAUUAUGGUCGUUAUAUAUGUCCCUUGAACUCGCGUCUAGUGUAUCCUAUUUUUUGGUUUAUUUCUCCUCUGUAUUCAUAUUAUCUCUCAUAUCACUGAUUAUAAUGAACCUUGAAACAUGUACUUUUUGCUGAAUGUAUAUCUACAUACAAACACAUUCUAUCGUACUGUUUCAUUUCAUUUUAUUUCAUAUUCUUAUAUAAAGGUAUGUGUUAGCGUUAGGACUAAAUUUCACUUUAGCAAUGGGCAAGUUGAAACUUAGGGACGUCAUUCCAAAAAUAAAAUUAGCACUAAAUACAAUAGAUAAAACAACUGCAGAUGAGGUACGAGAAUAAUGUGCAGUAACACUGCAACCGCUGUGAAGCAAAAAACACAAGGAAAACAUAAGUGGAAGCUUUAAGUAACCUUAAAAAUAACAACAAAUUAGAAAAUUAGAAAAGUCUAAUUCAACAGCGUUGUUAGGUAAAUCAGGCUACUUGGAAAAGGUUACCGCAUACAUACAAAAAGUACCGUAUCAGUGGACACCGCCAUGAAAAAAAGUAAAGAAAUCCACAGAGGAUCGUUUAUAAUAAGUGAAACUUUUACCAGGUUAGCUGAAACAAUUUAAUUUAAUGUCCAAAAUAAUGACCCUAGUAGGAUUAUUUGGUAUUUUCAAUUGUGGGUAAAAUUUAUUUUGAUAAGGUCUCACAGUGUUGUACAGUAAUAUUUGCUGAUAACGUUUCGAGCACAAUUUAUUGCUCAUAAUCAUACCAUACGAUUAUGAUAUUUAUUUAUUCUUACAUCAUUGGUGUUUUCAAAGUCCAUCAAAAUUAGAUAUCCCAGAAGACCCAUAAACGGUUUUGAAAAUUCUGUAAAUAAGUGAUUUAUCUAAAUAUUCAGACAAGGCAAUGGGCAAACUAGAAACUAUCCACAGUGUAGACUUACUAAUUCUCAUGAACUCAAGCAUAGACUGAAUAAUUGAAAAUUAUACAGGCAAGAAAAAGUGAUGAUUUCCGAUAUCAUCAAAUCAUGUAUACAAAUACCAAUAAAUACAACUUUUGGAGCGGACAGAAAUGAACUCAUUGUCCAAGAACAUGAACUAAGAACCAAAGUAUCGCCCGAGUGCAUCAUUUUAGGAAUGGAUUUAUGCCUCACUCCUACAUUACUCUAACUCCAAGGAAAAGUAUGCAAACAAACAGUAAGUUGAGAUUGGUUCUCUGAUAUCCAGAAUUGUGGUAGAUAUUAGAUCAGAAAAGUGAGGCAUGUGAACUUAGUGAAUUCUAGACAAGCCGACCUAACUAAGCACAAAAAAUCUAGAAAGAAGCUCAUUUGUAGCAUCGCAUACAAGAAUACAGUAGAAUGAGACAAAUUUACAGCCCAUAAUCUAAUUUAAUAGGCUGGAAGUGAAGAUUGAUAACUGAAGCUUUAUGUAUUGAAUAAGUGUAAUAAGAAGGAUUCAGUAUCUGUCCCCAACACCCAGGAAGUUCUAUCAUCCUUACAACAAAUACGG